AUGGAAAGAAAAAAUGCGGUCUCAUGGGGUAUGCUUGUCCUGGGAUUAGUGCUUUGUAGUUUUGGGCUUCUAGAAUCUGUGGUAGAAGGGAGGUUAAUGAUUGGUGAGGGUGAUAUGCGCCAUGAGAUUAUCAAAAGGAAUGGUGUAAAGGCUGGCUAUCAAACUCUUUCUGGCGGUUACGGUGGAGGUUCAAGUGGUGGUUUCGGGUUUAACUCUGGUGGGGGCAGUGGAGGGGUGUGGUCUGGUCCCGCAGGAGGCUACGGGAGAGGAGGUGGGCCAGGCACUGGUGAAGGUGGCUAUGGACCAGGUGGGGGCUUUGGCAAUGGCAUCGGCCAAGGAGGUGGUUUUGGUUUCGCAGGUGGUAGUGGGGGAGGUGGUGGUGGCUUCGGUGGAGGAAAUGGAUAUGGUAGUGUUGGCGUAGGUGGAGGUUUUAGUGGGGGCGCAGGUGGAGGUGUUAGUGGGGGCGUAGUUGGAGGUGGCGGCGGAGGAUAUGGUCAUUAUAUGGCCACCGGUUCUCAUUCUGCAUUAGAACACAGGUAUUGA